CUGUAAUCCAAAUCCAACUCAAUGGGAGCGUCAAAAUUUGCUUACAACAAGAGUCAAAGCAUAGCGGCGUUCCUGUUAAGCACCACCUACCGAACCCCCAAUCGGGAAUAAGAGAAACUUGUUUUGUUGUCAUCUUCCCUUUUGUUCCGUCCGUACCUGAGAAGCAAACAAUGGCUGUGACUCCCAAAAUUGCUCCUUCCAUGCUCUCUUCCGACUUCGCCAAUUUGGCUACCGAGGCUCAGCGCAUGCUCGACUUUGGUGCCGAUUGGCUUCAUAUGGACAUCAUGGAUGGGCACUUUGUCCCCAAUUUAACUAUUGGCGCUCCUGUUAUUGAAAGUUUGAGAAAGCACACAAAGGCAUAUUUGGAUUGUCACCUUAUGGUUACAAAUCCUCUUGAUUAUGUUGAACCCUUGGCAAAAGCUGGAGCUUCUGGUUUUACAUUUCAUGUUGAGACAUCAAAAAAUGACUGGAAAGAACUUAUCCAAAGAAUUAAGUCACAUGGCAUGAGGCCUGGGAUAUCAUUAAAGCCUGGGACUCCCAUUGAAGAGGUUUUUCCUCUGGUGGAAGCUGAAAAUCCUGUGGAAAUGGUUCUUGUGAUGACUGUAGAACCUGGAUUUGGAGGACAAAAGUUUAUGCCAGAGAUGAUGGAUAAAGUACGUAUACUUAGGAAGAGGUAUCCAUCGCUUGACAUUGAGGUUGAUGGUGGUUUGGGGCCUUCAACCAUCGAGGUUGCUGCAUCGGCAGGGGCAAAUUGCAUUGUUGCUGGAAGUUCUGUGUUUGGUGCCCCUGAGCCAGCUCAAGUAAUAUCCAUGCUGAGAAAUUCUGUUGAGAAAGCCCAGCAAACCUUGAUACAGUAAAAAAAAAUGUCUCUUCAAGUUGUUGUACACUUCAUAACUCACCAAUCAAUAUGCUUGACGACAACAUUUUCCUGUGUGGAAUAAAAGAUCAGAUGACUUGAUAAUGUUUCUUCA